CCCUCUCAUCAAACCAUCCAUAUCCAUCCUAGAAGCAAGAGCGAGCCAGUGUUACACAAACAUGGCAGCUGCGCCGCGGGGCUUUCUCCUCGGCGUUUGCGCCGUGCUGAUGGCGGCUGCCAUCGCAAACGCUGCGUCCAGUGAGGCUGCGUCGGUCGUCGUCGGCCUGGCCAAGUGCGCGGACUGCACGAGGAAGAACAUGAAGGCCGAGACCGCUUUCAAGGGUCUUCAGGUAGCGAUCAAGUGCAAGAACAUCAACGGCGAGUACGAGAGCAAGGCCGUCGGCAAACUGGACGGCUCCGGCGCAUUCAGCGUUCCGCUGGCCGCCGACCUCCAUGGCGCCGACUGCCACGCGCAGCUCCUCAGCACGGCAGGAACACCGUGCGUGGGUCAGGAGCCGUCAAGGAUAGUGCCGAUGGCCGACGCCACCUUCGUCGCCGUUCCAGGCAAAACGCACAGCUCGUCGGCAGAGUGCGCGUCGGCGACCAUCUGCGGCCCGAUCAAAAAGCACUUCCUGGACCACUUCCACAAGAAUCCUGUGCCGCCGAAGCCAAAGCCAGAGCCCGAGCCGCAGCCGGAGUACCACCCCCCGACACCGACGUACGGGUCACCGACUCCGAUCUACCAUCCUCCGGCCCGGCACUUGUUCGAUAAGAAGCACUUCUUUGAUCACUUCCACAAGGACCACGAGCACCACCACUUCUUCGACCACUUCCACAAGAAACCCGUGCCACCAAAGCCAAAGCCAGAGCCCAAGCCGCAGCCGGACUACCACAGCCCGACGCCGACGUAUGGGUCCCCGACUCCGAUCUACCACCCUCCGGCCCGUCACUUGUUCGAUAAGAAACACUUCUUUGAUCACUUCCACAAGGACCACGAGCACCACCACUUCUUCGACCACUUCCACAAGAAGCCCGUGCCACCGAAGCCGAAGCCAGAACCCAAGCCGCAACCGGAGUACCACCCCCCGACGCCGACGUACGGAUCCCCGACUCCGAUCUACCACCCUCCGGCCCGUCACUUGUUCGAUAAGAAGCACUUCUUUGAUCACUUCCACAAGGACCACGAGCACCACCACUUCUUCGACCACUUCCACAAGAAGCCCGUGCCAUCGAAGCCGAAGCCAGAACCCAAGCCGCAACCGGAGUACCACCCCCCGACGCCGACGUACGGAUCCCCGACUCCGAUCUACCACCCUCCGGCCCGUCACUUGUUCGAUAAGAAGCACUUCUUUGAUCACUUCCACAAGGACCACGAGCACCACCACUUCUUCGACCACUUCCACAAGAAGCCCGUGCCACCGAAGCCGAAGCCAGAACCCAAGCCGCAACCGGAGUACCACCCCCCGACGCCGACGUACGGAUCCCCGACUCCGAUCUACCACCCUCCGGCCCGUCACUUGUUCGACAAGAAGCACUUCUUUGAUCACUUCCACAAGGACCACGAGCAUCACAACUUCUUCGACCACUUCCACAAGAAGCCCGUGCCGCCCAAGCCUAAGCCAGAGCCAAAGCCCAAGCCAGAGCCCAAGCCGCAGCCAGAGUACCACCACCCGACGCCGACGUACGGGUCGCCGACUCCUAUCUACCAUCCUCCGGCCCGGCACUUGUUCGACAAGAAGCACUUCUUUGAUCACUUCCACAAGGACCACGAGCACCACCACUUCUUCGACUACUUCCACAAGAAGCCCGUGCCACCGAAGCCGAAGCCAGAGCCCAAGCCACAGCCAGAGUACCACCCCCCAACGCCGACUUACGGGUCCCCGACUCCAAUCUACCACCCUCCGGCCCAGCACUGAUCACCUGAAUGAUGAUCAGUGAUCGACGUUACUCUAUGUUGCAUACACGGCCUUGCGUGAUUUGCAGUCCUCUUCGUUUUUUCUGCAGAAUAACUGCUACAUUUCUUCGGCAUAUGAGUUUGUAUAUUUAUUUAUGGGCAAAACUAUGUUCGGAUAUGUCAUAUAUGUAAGCCUUGAGUGUUCUUUUUAAUAUGAAAGUUAUUACUAUGCUGUAAUUUGUUCUUUUUUAAAUAUGAAAGUUACUAUGAUGUAAUUUGUUCUCUUUGGACGACUAAGAAGUAAAAAGGGUACACUGUGUGUUUAA